AUCACGUGAAGGUGAUCCAACAUGGCGACCUCUACGAUGGCUGUACGGCUUCUGAAGUCAUCAUGCUGCAGAUCCAUCUUUCGUCGGAAUUUUAGCAAAACUACAGUCAGAGCUGGAACACAGAUGACUGUACGUGAUGCCUUGAACUCUGCUAUAGAUGAAGAAAUUCAGAAGGAUGACUCUGUGUUCGUGCUCGGAGAGGAGGUGGCCGAGUAUGAUGGAGCUUACAAAGUCACCAAGAAUCUAUGGAAAAAGUAUGGUGAUGACCGAGUUAUAGAUACCCCUAUUACUGAGAUGGGAUUUGCUGGUAUUGCUGUAGGCGCUGCAAUGGCUGGUCUAAAACCUAUUUGUGAAUUCAUGACUUUCAACUUUUCCAUGCAAGCUAUCGAUCAGGUUAUCAACUCAGCAGCCAAAACCUUCUACAUGUCAGCUGGGGCCGUACCUGUUCCCAUUGUGUUUCGUGGACCUAAUGGAGCUGCUGCAGGAGUUGCUGCCCAACACUCCCAAUGCUUCGGUGCUUGGUACAGUAGUUGUCCUGGACUCAAAGUUAUCUCCCCUUAUUCCUCAGAAGAUUGUAAAGGACUGUUAAAGGCCUCAAUCAGGGAUCCCAAUCCAGUUGUCUUCUUGGAAAAUGAACUUUUGUAUGGUACUGCCUUUGAAAUGUCAGACGAAGCGUUGUCCGAUGAAUUUGUACUUCCAAUAGGCAAGGCUAAAAUUGAAAGGGAAGGUAGCCAUGUCACCUUGGUAACGCACUCCAAGUAUGUGGGACUUUGUCUGGAUGCUGCCAAGGAAAUGGAAGGUCAAGGGGUCGAGUGCGAAGUGAUCAAUCUAAGAACCCUACGUCCAAUGGAUACUCAGGCAAUUAUCAAAUCUGUGAUGAAGACCAACCACUGUAUAACAGUAGAAGGAGGAUGGCCACAGUGUGGCAUCGGCUCAGAAAUCUGUGCCACAAUCGUGGAAAGUCCUGCUUUCAAUUACCUGGAUGCCCCUGUACUACGAGUAACGGGAGCCGACGUACCCAUGCCCUAUGCCCAAUCUCUGGAGGCUGCUGCUCUACCACAGACACCAAAUAUUAUCAAAUGUGUGAAAAAAGUUCUUAAUAUUCCUUGAUGUAUAUAGUUCUUGACAUUUUAAGAAGAGACAUGUAAUAUAAAUUUGCAUUUACUAGUGCUGUUUAAAGUAUUGGAAGAUAUAUUAUGUAACUUAAUUUCAACAAAUACUAGUGCUGAUCUGAUCAUAAACCUAUUGGAUUUUUUAAGUCAAUAAACACAUGGAGGUUAUAAAGGGAAACUGUGCAGUUAAACGUUCUUAGUAAUAUAAAUUUGUGGCCUGCAUGUCCAUAAAUACAUAGUGCAAUGUUGAAAAUAGUUUGAUUUCUUUCAUGAUCAGAAUGAUAAGCAUGAAUAUGUAUUAUGUACAAUUAAAUCCACAAUUCUUUAAACAGUUAAAAUAGAACAGUCUAUAAUUAAUGUAGCCUUUUUAACAUCAGUGUGCAAAAUAUCACAAUUUUCAGAGAUUUACUAAAAUACUAGUAGUAUGCAUGGCGUAUGGCAACACACAAAGGGAUAAUUUUGAGGAAUUCACAACAAUUAUUAUGAAGAAACGAGACUGCUUACAGGUGUACCAGACAUACCAGGUGUGCCGGUCAUUAUAUAGAAAUACUCGUAUCCCAUUAUGGGUGACAAAUCUAAAACUUUGAUUAAAGCAAGGUUUAAACUAUUCUGUUUUUCUUCUGUAGUUUCAAGUAGAACCUUUUGUGAUUUAUUAUAAUAGUAAGUCUAAUGUGGAUGUACAACUGCAUUUAGAUCCCAAGAGUGUUAAAUACAUACUCAACAAAGUUGACAGCUGUUUUCAUAAACAGUGUAAAACUGGAGUACAGGUAGGAUAGGUUCUCUGUUAGUAUAAGUACUUGUAGAGUUAUAAAAGAAUCUCAGAAUAAUUUUCCAACUGGAUUUAUGAUUUACUUAAUUCCUUGUGAUAUCAACAGUUGUAGAUUUGACAGGUAGGCACAUUGUGAUGUUUGGUGUAACAUUUCUGAUACUUAUGUAUUAUAAUAUGACCCCAGGUGAUUUUAGUUUAUAUCCUACUCAGAUACAUAUGUUUGUUUGGUGUAUGGAAUGUGUUUGUGUUCUUCCUCUUAUGUAUGAUAUACUUCCAUUGCCUUUGAGUGGCAAUAUUUGCUGGUUUUCAUGACAUACUGGGUAAUCUCUAAGGAAUAGUGAUAAUACCAUCGUAUUAAUAAUUUCUCGAAUACUCAGAGACAAAUGACAAUCUAAUGUAUUGCUGUUCUGUAAGUUUUUGUUUUAAACUAUUGUAAACAUGAAUGGUUUUGGUAUUUAUUAUUAUAUAAAAAUGUUCAUCAAUGCAUUCACUUGAAAAGAAAACCAGCAAUACUAAAUGUCAUUUGAAUACAUAUCAGUGUUAUGUACUACCCGGUAUGAAAUGACUAUAUAUACAAGAUAUAGCAUUAGCCCAAAACUACCAAUUCACUACUAACUUACUGCCCAUAUUAAAAAAAAUAUAUAUACAUUUAAUAUAAAUGUGAAAACGACACUGCACACCUAUGGUUUUAAAAGAGUCAAACUGAUAAUCAAAUGUCCAUCAUAGAUGAAGUGUACAUUAGUGUUGGUAUAGAUAUAAAUCAGCGAGAUAUAUGUCGGAUUUAGAAAUGAGCAGGAAAUGUUUUAUAGUCAUUUGUUGUAUGUCGGUUUUUUUGUUAUUUAUCAGUUUAAGUUUUCAACAUCAUAAAAUGGAUAUUUUAGAAACUAAAAGGUUAUGAAAGAGAA